AUACCGUACGAACACUGCCUCGUUUGCUGCAUGUGGAUCGCCUUAGCAGCCUUAGCCACUGUCGGGGCCCAAGUGGUCCCCCAAAACGCUCACUGUGUCGUCUACACAGACAGCUGCGGACAGUUACUGGACACCCUCCCGGUGUGCCAAGAUUUUAAUCGACAAGUGUGCAACCGUCCCGCCUGCAAGUUUAUUCAUCUCAGUGACGGAAACGUGGAGGUGAUCGAGAACCGCGUAACGGUGUGCAGGGACGCAGUGAAGGGCGCGUGCAUGCGACCCUCGUGUAAAUAUUAUCACAUACCGGUCGCGUUGCCGCCGGCACCUUUGAUGGCGAUCGCAUCGUCCGCCUCGUCAUAGGGUUGCCCUCGCUGGCGUGAGCAUGGCGCAGGGACCGCGAGGAGGAUGAAGAAGAAGAGUCCCGAUAAAGCUUGCGCGAACAUGCAUCUCCAUGCACGUCGGGGAUCGUGACGUCUACAGGGGUUGGUAGAGACGACGGCGAACAAUGGGAGCGAAAAAAGAAACGGAGGCGCGCUGAGUGAGGAACGUCGUCGUUCACGCCGUCGAUUCGAUUUACUCUUUCUCAACAGCACCGUCUCGAUACUCCCCUUCGCAACUACACGCUACUCCUCACUCUAUAUACAUACACGACGUAUGUACGCUCGUAAUGCACACGCACGAAAGUGCGGGUUAAGGCGCACGACAGAGCGAGGGAGAAGAAGGUAGGGUGUCGAGACGAGAAAUUUUUCUGUCGCGGAAAGUCGAAAAAAUGUCGCGGAGAAGGAAGAAAACGUAUAGGAAGAUGGAGGAAUUCUUUUUUUGUUUGUCGGAGAAAAAUUGAAACCGGGGAAAGAUUUGAUACGGGUGAUCGUGGAAGCUGGAAAAAUCGAGUGGCAGUCGAGAAUCGUUCAAAUAUUUCUUAUGAUUGUACAAAAAUAUGUGCGAGCUAGUGAUUAAAGUCUUCCUUAAUGUUGUUUUUUUUUUCUCAUUCGAUUUCUAUUUGGCUUCCCGUGGACCGUAGAGAGAGAGAGAGAGACGAAUUUCGAAAUGCUCGUCAAAACCGGGAUGGCAUUUCGCGACUUCCACGAUUUUCCUUUUUUUCCCAUUUAUAUCACGUAGGGUCCAAGUCUAUCUUUCGGAUCAGGACCCGACAAAGAACAACGACGACAUUUUGUACUGACAGGUAAGCAUUAAACUCGAAUACAUCUUGAGAUUCAUUCUUUUCACGAACAACAACCCGCGCGCGAUUGUCAGCAUGAUUCAAGCUUCUACGACUUCCUCGUUGACGUCUGCGAAGUCAUAUACGUCAAAUUUCUUUCCCGGUCUUGAAUGGUAGUUUUCUCGAGAACAACAAAAUACAAUUAGAGAAAGAAAGAGAGGGAGGAAGAGUUUUUUUUAUUCUUGAUCCUGGACUUCCGUUUUCUCGUGUCUGUUAUAUUGAUAUUUCGAACACAAUUAAUUUUGCUCGGCGAAAUGUAAGACAUAUGACCUUUUCUCCCUUUUUUAUCACGGAAUCAAAUUAUUGCUGUAUUUUUGACAAUAAGAACUAUCGAGAUUGACUUCGUUUUUCUACUCACUCGUUGCCUACUCGAGAAAGCUACUUCUGAAUACCUAGGAUUUUCUUCCUUUUCCGGACUUGUGUCUUGAUUCGCUGUGACAUGCAGUGCACGUUCGCGCAACGCAAUGCAUGCUCGUAAGGGAGAAUUCUCCGAAGAGAAAGAAUGUAUGUCUCGGAAAAAAAAAAAAAAAAAUAUUGUAUAUCUGCGCCAGAUUCCGGCGCGAGAGAAAUCGUAAUUGUAUCGCAUAAGUAGACUAGCUAGGGACUGCGAAUCAACGCGACAAAACGAAAAUGAAUGCCGAUCGAGAGGUACGCAAAAUACAAAAAAUAUAAUGACGAUAAAAUAUCACCGAGACGAUGUGAGAGAAAAAAAUAAUUUACACGAGAUAUGAUAUAAAAGACGCGGUGAGCGCACGCGCAUAUAACGAAGUUUUUUAUACUCGUAUAUAACAAAUCUCAAUUAUAUUUUGUUUUUAUGAUAAUAAUGUAAACACGUGUGUGUAUAUACAUGCGAAGAGAGAUAUGUAUAUGUAUGCAUAUGCGAAAGGGGGUGUAACAAUUUCGCGCGAAGGGGAGCGUAAUAAUAGUUAUCGGCGGAUUGAUUGGCGACGAUUAUAUAGGCGAGCGAUGCGAAGCAAUGGUCGGAAAUGGAACGUCAGAAUUGUCGGAAACUGGCGAAGCGGUCGAUUCUCUCGCGCGGAGAGGAACAGGAAGCCUUAGGACGUGUUUUACGCCGGUUAGUUGACUUUCACGAUCGUGUUAACUUGGUUCGCGAGAAAAACAGGCAAACGCCGAAAAUCGCACAUUCUCUAUAGGCGGAUAAACACUAAUUAAUUACUACACUACGACAAAUGUAUAUGACAAAUUUAUAUGCAUACGAUAAGAAAUUAUAUUUAAUAAUUAAGGAUACGGAGAGAGACUUCUGAUGAGGGAGAGAGCGAUCGCGAAGAAGGAGAUGUCGCGAGGAGAUAUUCUUGGCGCGCGAACGAAAGUUGCCGAGAAAGAAAAAAGAAAAAAAUAGGAGAGGUGAAAGAUAGAGGAAUCGUUUUAUAUCUGCUCUUCGAAACAAACGAAAAAAAAAAUCGAUCCGCCUAAAUCGCGUGCGUAGGUUUACACGAUCGAUAGGGAAUAAGUUUAUAUGCAUACGUUGUUUCAGUCUUCGUAAAUAUUGUUGUGUUAAUAUCUUUUAAUAUUGAUAUAUAAUUAUAUUCCCCCCGUGGUAUAUCAUGCGUGAAGGACCCUCCUCCAUCGGUCGAGUCUUUCGUCAUUAAAUGCAUUCUUCAUGAUAAUUCUUUCGUGCACGCUCAAUUGCAAUCUUCGAAGCUAUUCUUCAAGUUAUGCUCCAUGAUUACGCGUGCACUUUGCAUAUAUAUUCGCGUCUCUCUGCGAAUCUCAUUUCUCUUUUCAUAGUUUAAAAUUUGAACGAUACAUUCUCGCGCGUCCAGAACAGAUGUUCCGAGCAAUAUUUUUUUACAAAGUAUAUAUACAUACGUCGAAAAAGAUAUUAAUAUUAAGACACGCUUGCGGACCCGAUUUUCUCGUCGAAAAUAUCUCAAAGAGUGAUUGCUCACUUGAGAGAAUUUGCUCUAGAAGAGAGAGAGAGAGAGAGAGAGAGAGAGAGAGAGAGAGAGAGAAAGAGAGUGAGAGAGAGUCUUAACUUCCGAGUCUGCGAUCAACAUAAGACUUCCAAUUCACCACAUAUGCUAACACGUGGCAAUACAAAUAUUUGAAAGACAUUUUACCGUCCAGGAGAGGCUUACACCAACUUUCCCGACCAACGACACGAUAUGAUCUAUCGAAUAUAUUCAUACCGAAAUACAUUGCGAAAAUGAAAAAUG